UUGUGAUCAUCGAGCAAGAUGGUGAAUGGCGAGCACACAGCAUGAUGCCUGGUUCUUCCUGGAACACCUGUCCUGGGCCAGGGGCCGUAUGUAAAGUACCACCUGCCAGGAUCAACUUGAUCCGGUUCUAUUCUGUCUCCUGGGUGAGUAUCUGUGUCCUUUGCUCUCAGAUGUUGGAAAUGCAGGGGCAUGGGACCUGUCCUUAACCGAGUGGCAGAAGGUUAAGUUUGUGUCCAAGAUAGCAGGACAUGGUUUCUCUACCUCCGCAGGGCGUUCUCCCAGACCUCCCAGGGCCCACCAUGCCCUCCUAGGAAGGGAUCAUACUAAUUCUAGCCUCUUCUUCCCCCCCAGGGUUCUCAAGCUUCUCCACCUGUCCAGGUGUUUCCCCACCCCUUCGGCCAUGGCAAGACCGUCACUAUGUAAAUGUCUGUGCAAAUCCCCUGGUGUCAAGCUGCCAGCUCUCUGAUGAGGCAGGGCCACCUCCGGGGACCCCUCACUUCCCAGCCAUGGGACCCCGGGCCAGGGAAGUCUGCUGCCUCAUCAUCCUGCCGCGGCUCCUGGCUGAGCCGGCUGAGAACUCAGACUUCUACUUGGCUGGGGAUUACCUCCUCGGCGGCCUCUUCACCCUCCAUGCCAACGUGAAGGGCAUCAUCCACCUCAACCUCUUGCAGGUGCCCCAGUGCAAGGAGUAUGAAAUAAAGGUGUUGGGCUAUGAUCUCAUGCAGGCCAUGCGCUUUGCAGGGGAGGAGAUCAACAGCCAGAGCAGCCUGCUGCCUGGCGUGCUGCUGGGCUACAAAAUGGUGGAUGGCUACAUCUCCAACAAUGUCCAGCCCAUGCUCCACUUCCCGGCAAAGGAGGACUGUUCCUUGCCCAUCCAGGAGGACUACAGCCACUGUGUGCCCUGUGUGGUGGCUGUCAUUGGCCCUGGCAACUCUGAGUCCACUGUAACUGUGGCCCGCUUCCUCUCUCUCUUCCUCCUUCCACAGGGGAGGCCCCUGGGUCCUGGGAUCACCUACAGCGCCAUCAGUGACGAGCUACGGGACAAGCAGCGCUUCCCGGCCCUUCUGCGCACAGCGCCGGGCGCCGAUCACCAGAUCGAGGCCAGGGUGCAGCUGAUGUUGUACUUCCCCCGGAACUGGAUCAUCGCGCUGGUGAGCAGCGGCGACUGCGGCUGCGACAACAGCCAGCUGCUCAGCGAUCGCCCGGCCGGCGGCGACACCUGCAUCGCCUUCCGGGAGACGCUGCCCAUGCCCCAGCCCAACCAGCCGGUGACGCAGUGGGAGCGCCGGCGCCUGAAGGCCAUCGUGGACGAGCAGCAGCGGCAGAGCUCUGCGCGCGUCGUGGUCCUGUUGUCGCCAGAGCUGGUCCUGCACAACUUCUUCCGCGAGGUGCUCCGCCAGAACCUCGCGGGCGUCGUGCGGAUCGCCUCCGAGUCCUGGGCCAUCGACCCGGUCCUGCACGACAGGCCCACGCGCUGCACAGCCUCCUGGGCUGCACCCAGACCAGCCGCUCCGAGCUCCGAGCGGGUCAUCUAUCCCUGGCAGCUGCUUCAGGAAAUCUGGAAGGUCAACUUCACCCUCCUGGGCCACCAGAUCUUUUUUGACCAGCGAGGGGACCUACUCAUGUGCCUGGAGAUCAUCCAGUGACGGUGGGACCUGAGCCAACCUUUCCGGAGCAUCGCCUCCUACUGCCCGGUGCUACAACGGCUGAGGGCCAUCUGUGACGUCUCCUGGCACACGGCCAACAGCACGAUCCCUGUGUCCAUGUGUUCCAAGGACUGCCAGCCUGGGCAAAGGAAGAAGCCCGUGGGUAUUCAUCCCUGCUGCUUCGAGUGUCUCGACUGCCUUCUGGGCACCUUCCUCAACCAUCUUGCAGACGAGUUUGGCUGCUGGCCCUGCCCGAGUUGCGGGUGGUCCCGGAGGAACGACGCUUCCUGCUUCAAGCGGCGGCUGGCCUCCCUUGAAUGGCGCGAGGCACCCGCCGUCGCUGUGGCCGUGCUGUCCAUCCUGGGCUCCCUCUGCACCCUGGCCAUCCUGGUGAUCUUCUGGAGGCACCGCCACGCGCCCAUGGUUCGCUCGGCCGGGGGCCCCAGGUGCUUCCCGAUGCCGAUGCCCCUGCUAGAGGUGACGGUCUCCAUGUACGUCGGGCAGCCCGCGUUUUUCACGUGCCUCGGCCGCCAGACCCUCUUCACCCUCUGCUUCACCGUCUGUAUCUCCCGUGUCACCGCGCGCUCUUUCCAGAUCGUCCGCGUCUUCAACAUGGCCAGGCGCCUCCCGCGUGCCUGUGGCUACUGGGUCCGCUACCACGGGCCCUAUGUCUUCAUGGCGUCCUUCACGGUGCUCAAGGUGGUCAUCGUGGCGGGCAACAUGCUGGCCGCAACCGCCGAACCCGCCGCCCGCCCCGACCCCGAUGACCCCAAGAUCGCGGUUCUCGCCUGCAACUACCACAACGUGCUCCUGUUCGACACCAGCCUGGACCCGUUUCUGUCCGGCGGCUUCGGCUUCGCCUGCGUGGGCAAGGAGCUGCCCACCACCCACAACGAGGCCAAGUUCAUCACCUUCCGCAUGACCUUCUAAUUCACCUCUUCCAUCUCCCUCCGUACCUUCAUGUCUGUCUACGAGGGGGUCCUGGUCACCAUCCUGCACCUCGUGGUCGCAGUGCUCAACCUUCUGGGCGCUUGGCCCCUGGGCUACUUCGGCCCCAAGUGCUGCGUGGUCUUCUCCUACCCGGAUCGCAACACGCCCGUCUACUUCAGCAGCAUGAUUCAGGGCUACACCACCAGGAAGGACUAG